ACCCUAAUAUUUACAUAAACCUUUAAUUACGUUACAAUUCUUAAAACCCCAACAAAAAAUAUUUACAUAAACCCUUACGUUACAAUUCUUAAAACCCCAACAAAAAAAUAUGGUGGUCGUUGAGGAGAAGAGGGAAAGAUCGAAGUUUGCAGAAAAUUAUGAUCAUAUUGAUGGGUGCUUACCCCGAGAGCUAACACUCGAAAUCUUGUUUCGACUGCCAACAAAAUCAUUGGUAAGGUUUAAAUUGGUAUGCAAAAUAUGGAAUUCUCUAAUCUCAAACCCUAAUUUCAUCAAGUCCUACACACUAAACUCAAACAAUCAGCCUGUAACCUUGCUCUAUGAUGAUUAUUUUAAUCUGCGUAAGUCUUUAUCUCUUGGUAAACGGGACAAUUUAAACUUAAACAACAACCCUACGGUGUUAGAAAUAAACCCUUCCUUCUUCCCCGACACUAUAGCAAAUCUAUGUCACCUAAUUGGAUCAUGCGAUGGUCUUGUAUGCACGUACUCUGAACACACAAAACUUAUUUACCUUUGUAACCCCCUCACCAAAGAAACCAAGGAAAUUUCACUCCCACAUCUUAAAACCCAACCAUAUAACCGCAACGACAUUAAAAGUAUGUCAUGGUUUGGCUCCGUUCCUUCUAUCAAUGACUAUAAGAUAUUGUUAGUAUAUGGAAAUUCAAUGCCAAACCUAAGAAUCCAUGCAUACUCGAUGAGGGAUGAAAUGUGGAGAGAGUUAGAUACUAGUGCUUUUAAUCGUCUUGAUAUUACUACAAUAUACAUAAAUUGGGGAAAGAAUAUGGUUCUAAUCAAUGAGACAUUGCAUAUUUGUUUGGACAUUAAUAGUCAAAACCAGUUUAUGGCUAAAUUUGAUUUAGUCCAAGAAAUUUUAGAGUUGAUUCCGAUUAUUUUGAAAGAUGAUGAUAAUGAUUAUCUUGGUGGAGAUUUCGUUGAUAUUUUUCAAGACGGAAGUAUUUGCAUUUGUGAAUUUCGCUUUUGUUCACGGGAAGAGAUGAAUAUUAAUCUUUGUAAGUGGAUGGAUGUUUGGAAGUUAGAGCAAUAUGGUAAGUGGGAUUCUUGGAACAAAUUGUUUUCCUUCGACAUGGGUGUAUUUGAUUUCCGUAUAGGUAUCACAUCUUAUGGAAAAUUAAUUUUGAAAAGAGGAACUUCUCGUAAUCGUGUUGUUGAGUUUGAGCUUGUGUUAGUCGACAUGACUCAAAAUCCAACCAAUCAAAUACAACUCGGAGGAGUAGAUGGUAUCGUUUACGUUUUGGAAUAUGUGGAAACUCUAGUUUCUCCUUUUUCUUUGCCUACCGAUUAAAUCUCACAACUUCAAUAAUAAAGUGAUUAGAUUUGCACAAAAUUGUUCAAUGUUUUUUUCUUUUUUGUAAGUAAAGAUUUUUAAAUUCGAUAUUGUGAUUUACACAUUCGAUCAUCAUAAUGUAUCAUUUGUAUAGUUUUCUGUGAUGGAUGGAUGAAUGUAGUCGUUUGAUCAAUAUAUGGUGGAUCUAGCCUAAAAUAUCCUC